UCUGUCGGUCAGACUCCGGUGCUGUCCGCCCUGCAGCGCUGACAUGGACACGGACAGCUGUUUAACUUUCUCCGCGCAGAGCAGCAGGAGGACGCCCGAAAACUCUCCGGGACUGGAGCACGGAGGGUCCGGACCGUUUCUCCUCCCGUGUGAGGAACUGCAGAAGCCGCCGCACCUCCCUCCUCCUCCUCCUCCUGCUCCUCUUCCACACCGCCUCAGCCUGCGCGGGGAGCUGUACGCCGCCGCCGUGGGCAGGUUUGGAAACGCCGCGACGGAUUUUACGCACGGCGCUGCUCCCGCGACCCCGAACGGCUCACCGCCCAAACACGGCAAGUUCUUAGAGAGCAUCGCGCAGGACCCGAAGGGCUCUGUCAUAGGCGGGAAGUCUGGUUUCUAUGACAACGCAGAAGGUAUUCAGAGAGAAGGGGCCCCUAAAACCAUGAGCUAUCCUGGGAUCGGCACAGACUGCUGCGGCAAGCUGAAAAGAUCGAACGCUUUACAGGGAGAUUCUAUUGCCGAUUCAAUUGACUUCGGCAAGAACAAGAAGCGACGCAAUCGCACCACGUUCAGCAUCCAGCUGGAGGAACUGGAGAAAGUGUUUCAGAAAACACAUUAUCCUGAUGUGUAUGCUCGGGAGCAGCUGGCUCUGAGGACCGAACUCACAGAGGCUCGGGUUCAGGUUUGGUUCCAGAACCGUAGAGCCAAAUGGAGGAAACGGGAACGUUACGGAAAGAUCCAGGAGGUGCGCAACCACUUCGCUGCUACGUACGAUAUCUCUCUUCUCCCUCGUCAUGAAACAUACCAGAUGCAGAGCAACCUGUGGCCAGGGGCGCCCUCAGGAGGGGGCGGUGGUUCAAGCGGUUGCGUCUUGGGAGCGGACUCUAUCCCCUCAUCCUGCAUGAGUCCUUACCCCCACCCUCACAGCAAUCUGCAGGGCUUCAUGGGCAUGCCUGCGUCACCCAGCCACCCGCACCACCACCACCCCCGCCCUCACCAUCCAGGCAUCAACGGUCUCUACUCGCUUCACGGCUUCCCCGGAGGCCUCGGUUCACCUUCUAUCGAGGGACCCGAUACCGAAUAGCCAACGGGCCUGGUGGCGCUCCGCAUGAAAGCCAAAGAUCCAGGCAGCAUCCUGUCCUGGCCCACAUGACCAACACCAGCGGGAAUCUCCAUGCGCUGACUGAGCCACAGUCCACACACAGUCUGGUGCACACCCACCAAGGAACACAACCCAAAACAUUUCUCUUUAACAUUUAUGGAAGUUAACUGGUGGUCAUCUCCAUGGACUUAAGCCUCUUGCACGAACACGUCAGAUAGUUGUUGUUGUUUUUAAUAUCACAAUGCUGAAACUGAAAAAUUAUUUAAGCAUGAAUAAAAUGUAAUUAUCAUACUAAUCUUUUUAAAAAAAAAAAAAAAAAACUUUUAGUGUUCUCUUUAUAUUGUGUAAUAAAGGCUUCAAUC